AUGGAAAAAUUCACUCAUCUGGAAGCUCUGCUGUUUACUGCUGUGCUGGAGAGUUGUGUCGAUCAACUCUCAAUUCUUGGAUAUAUCAUGCCAGUUUCAUAUGAAGGCAAGACAGACCUCAGCCAUACUGGCAUCCAGGAAAUGAAAGAAAUCAUAGAGACCCAGAAGGAGCUGGACAUUAACUACCAAGAGCUUAUGUCAGCAAGGCAAGGGAGUGGGGAAACAGUUACCUCCAUGUCUCUGAAAAGCAUCGAACACAAGCAGCAGCUGGGGAAAACUGAAGACCUAAAAAGUACCCAUCAUCUUUCCAGUAGGGCCAUGAAACACAGUGCUCUGUCUGUAGAGAAACUCAGAAAAAUUCAGGCUGACAGGCAGUAUGCAAGUGAUGUAAUUACAGUCACUAUGAAAAAUAUGCAGGAAUCGGGAACAUUUAAUAGCCUAACAGAAGCUAAUGAGAGAGAGAAGGCAAAAAAGAGCAAGUUUCAUGACAUCCUCAUCAGGGAGGAGGAAGGAAAGAAGGAGAUAAAGUCACUUGAGAAACAGCUGCAAGAUGUCAAGAAACAAACCGAAAUAGAACUUCAGAACCGAGAUAAUAUGAUUGUCUACCUCAAAGAUGAGCUCCAAGAGAUGAAGGCCAAAACGAACAUGGAGAUCUGCUACAUGAAGAAAAGCACAGACCUCCAGGUCCACCAAACCCAAAAGAAGUGCAGCAAUGCAGAGAAUGUCCUGGACAAGGAAAUUCAGAAGUUGAGGAGCAAAACUGAUGAGGAGAUUCGAGUCCACAUGGAGAUUGAAAAUUUCCUCAGGCAGUACCAUAAGAUGGUGGAAGAGAAGCUGGAAUGCUGGGUUGACAAGUAUGAAAAUGACGCAGAUGCUAAAGACGAAGAACUGGGUGCCCUAAAAGCAUCAAAGGCAAACAACUUGGAAAUGCUGCAGAGACUUGCCAAGGAGUGCCAGAUGUUCGAGGAAGCCAUCAUCAGUGACCGGGCGGAAAAGAAGGCUAAAAGAAGACAACUAGAGCAGGAUGCCCUGGAGCUGAAGAGCAUCCUGAAGCUGCAGGCCUGGUGGAGAGGUACAAUGGUCCGCAGAAACCUUGGGCCCCACCAGGCCCUCAGGAAGAUUCGGGAGAAACAGCUAUCAAAGCAGAAAGAAAAAGGGAAAAAGGAAAAAUCUGGAGCAAAGAAAAAGACAAGAUAA